UCCCGGCGUGCACCGCGGCGGGGAAGCACGUGGAGUACAGUGUUCUUGUACAGUAGAGCCAUGGCCACGCAUGAGAAGGAGGCUUCCGUGGCUCAGGACGCGAAGCUGGCGCCGAAGGUCUCGAGGAGAGUGAAGACGAUGAAGCCCACUCCCCCCACCACGGGCGCUAUAGCCAGGCGCGGCGUGGUCUACCUGGGCCACAUGCCGCACGGGUUCGCCGAGAUUCAAGUAAAGAAGUUCUUCAAUCAGUUCGGCAAAGUGACCCGGAUUCGCCUCUCCAGAAGCAAGCGGACUGGGCAGCCCAAGGGCUAUGGCUACGUGGAGUUUGAAUAUGAAGAAGUAGCCAAAAUUGUUGCAAACACUAUGAACAACUACCUUUUCUACGAGCGCCUGCUGAAGUGCGAGUACAUCCCUCCAGACAAAGUGCACGAAAAACUGUUUGUGGGAGCCAGCCGAAAGUUUCACAUGCCAACCUUCCCAGCCGUGAAGCGCAACAACCGUCACCGUACACCGGAGCAGGCUGUCCGCAUGACAAAGCGCCUUCUAAGCAAGGAGAUGAAAAAACGCAAGAAGCUCGCCGGCUGUGGCAUCGACUAUGACUUCCCUGGAUUUGCAGUGGAUGCAAAAAAGAUUCUCGCAAGUGCGGCGGGCAAGAAAGCAAAAAAAAGUAAAGGAGAGACAAGUACGAAAAGCAUUGGGGAAAUACCCGAAGUACCUGGGAAUGAAACUGAAAACAUCGAAGAAUCCAAGGAGACCGAGGAAACUGAAAAAGCUCUGGAAACAUCGAAGACGGUGGAUCCUGCCGAGAUCGAUAUGGAUUGGCUCGCCGGCCACGACGAUGACGAGAUCACCUUCCGCUCUCCUCCCAAAAAAGUGGCCGUAUCGACUCCUUGCACCUCUGAGGAAGCCGCUCCAGCCCAAGAGGAACCCACAACGCCGUCACCGAGUCCACUCAAACCUAAAGCGAUGCAAAGAAAGAAGACUCCGAAUCGCAAGGGGAAGGGCAAGAAAGUAAAUUAAAACUUUUGCUGCUCAAGUGUGAUUUGGGAAGAGUUUUAUUUGCAAAAACAAAAUCUAUCUUUGAUGUAAGAUAAUUUCUUCUGCUUUCUCUCAGCCGCUCUUUGUGUACAAAAAUCCCACGUGUGUGGGUGUGUAGUUCGUAGGUUUCAAGCCCCUUACAAUUAUAAUUUGUACUUCUGUGACACGUAUAUGUAACGGGAUCUCAUCACACUAUACAGAAACUGGGCAUAUUUAUUUUGAAGAGAUUCGCACUGGCAGUGCAUUUUGCAUGUGAUACCACAGCCUGGGUGGAGGAGGGUGGGUUGGUGGAGGCGUUACCAGGGAUGUGGGUGAUGUCAUCAACGUGAAAUUGUUUGCCUGUGCACCAGCCAGCAAAACUUUGAUUGUGUAGUAUUAAAAAAAAUUGUUCAUAGGCCGAGUAAACAAAGAAAGGUGUUGAGCUUGGACUGAAAUAGUAACUUAGAUUCUGUGGCCUGGCAUGAACCAUACGUUUUUCAUGUUUUUCUGACUCGGAAUUACUCUAUCGGUUACUUUUGGUAUAACUUACUGUGGUCUACAUUCAAUGUAUCAAUUAGAUCUAAGUUUGGCAAGUGUAAAAGUGAUUGAGUUAUAGAUUAAGCAUAUCAAUACAAGCUGGUAUAAUGUAUCAUACCCAGUGUAAAUGAAUUUGCGGAAAUAUACUUUUACUUUUUACUAAAGUAUGCAGCAAGGCUAAAAAUAAAAGAUUCUUUACAUUUCAGGCUUGAAGCACGACGUUUUAUUGGCGCAUCUCAAGUGCAUUUUAGACAUUUCCUCCUUCAGCUGAUAGGUGGAGCCAUGAGCUCUCCAUAGUUGUAACUCCGCACUCCCUCUCGUGUGUAGUCGUGUGUCACCGACAUGUGCCAGGCAAUAAUUACACUGAGUAAUACCGAGUCUUGUCAUGGAUGAGUCACAUGAUGAUACAGUAAUUAUAGAAUGCAUUUCCUUAUUUUAUAUAUAACUUUGCUCAUUUUCCAACCCACGUGUCCCAUAUUAAAUCUCUUUCAACAAUG